UAACAAACAACCUUAUUUAACAUUAAUCGCACAACCUUCUCUCAACCAUCCAUUGCAAUGGCAGCUACUUCAGUACUCUUCAUGGCAACCCCCGUCACCACCACCCCUUCAUCUAGAAGAACCCUCAACUUUGCUGUCGUCAGAUGCAUGUCACAAUCUUCAACCGACGCUUCCAAAACUCCAGCAGCACCAACUCCGCCACCACCGGCGCCGAAGGUCAGCACCAAGUUUUCCGACGUGUUGGCGUUUGGUGGGCCUGCACCGGAGAGGAUAAACGGAAGGUUAGCGAUGAUAGGGUUUGUGUCAGCGAUGGCGGUCGAGUUGAGCAAUGGUCAAGAUGUGUUGGCUCAGAUCUCUCACGGUGGUGUACCGGCGUUUGUAGCGACGAGUUUGGUGCUGUCGGUGGCGUCGUUGGUGCCGUUGUUUAAAGGGGUGAGAGCGGAAUCGAAGUCGAGUGGGUUGAUGACGUCGGAUGCAGAGCUGUGGAACGGUCGGGCUGCGAUGUUGGGUUUGGUUGCUUUGGCUUUCACCGAGUAUGUUACCGGCAGUCCACUUGUGUGAUAAAAUUUUAUAAAGAUACAAAAAAAAAAAACAAAGA